GGAUUAUUGAGGCUUGACCGCCAUUUUACUGGGAUUGAUCCCAAAGACGAAACUCCUUACCCCCCUCUAAAAAAUAGUCCAGACAAUCACUUCCGUCCAAAAAAAACAAACGAGAAACUCACUUCCUGUAGGAAAAAGAAGUCGCGUGUCUCUUGGAGCUACAGCCAUGGACCUUGAAGACAACCCCACAUUGCACGCCGACUCUUCGCUAGUAAACGGAACGAGUUGUGCGACUGCCACUGCACUAGCACAGGUUCUGGACUCACAGGCUAUAUCGAGCACCUCUCUAGCAACCUUUUCUGUUACCUCUGUGCCUGGGUCGACUGGCUUGGCGGUUCUUACCCCAACACUUGAUGGGACCACGACUGUAACGUCCCUACCCGGCUUUGCUCUUUCCAGUUUUGAUCCCGUGGAUGUAAAACACGUGGGGGAUUCCAGCGAAUUAGCCGUAGCGACUGUUGGGGAAGACGGCAGUUUACAUUUUACAGCUACGACUCACAAUGGAGUCCCCAGUUAUCAUGCAUCUCAAGGGAGUCAAACUUUACCAACAUCUGAAGCAGAUUUUGUAUCUGACCUCAGUCAAGUUGAGAUUUUGAGUGGUGGAGAAAGUGAAGGGGGCUCAGCAGAGGAAACUGUUUGUCAGGAGACUCAGACCACAACAACUGUGUCUAACUCCCAUGGUGAUGUGGAGAAAUCAGGGUACAUGUAUGUUCAGAAAAAGAAAGGAGGAUGGCCAAAGGGAAAGAAACGUCGUAAAACAUUCCGUGACAGCAAUGCACCAAAGGCACCCCUAACUGGAUAUGUAAGAUUCCUUAAUGAGCAGCGUGAAAAAGUCAGAGCAGAGCGCCCAGACUUAAAUUUCCCAGAAGUUACAAAACUGCUUGGUGCACAGUGGAGUAAGCUUUCUACAGAAGGAAAACAACGAUAUUUAGAUGAAGCAGAGAAAGAUAAAGAAAGAUACAUGAUGGAAUUAGAAGCAUACCAGAAAACAGAUGCUUAUAAGAACUUUUUGAAGAAGCAAGCGGAACGGAAAAGAAAAAAUCUGGAGAACUCUGACGGGUUAGAUGGCUUAUCAAAUGGAAUUGAACUCUGUGCAGAAGACGAUCUCUAUUGCAAACCUUGCAAUCAGUACUUUAACAACCUUCACAACAAGAGAGAACACAUCCUUGGUCGUAAGCACAAACAGACAGUGUCUGGAAAGUUAAACGAAAGUGAAGAAGAAGAUGAAUUACCUGGAUUUAACGCUCCCGUGUUCACGGAAGAGUUCCUUAAACACAAUGAAAUGCGUGAAGACGAACUGAGACAGCUUCGUAAAGCGGCCACCGAAUUUGAGGAACAGAACUCACUCACCUCUAAACACGUGGAAAGCUUAAAACAAGCCAUAGAAAAAAUCGAAAUGGAAACAAAUCAACAACGAAACGCCAACAUAGUAUUACUCAAUCAUCUGAGCAAUCUUCGCACAGCUCUUGUGCAAGCGUUUGCGAACUUGGUGCUUCCUGGGACCAACGAAGUUCCCACUUUAGAUACUAUUGACUCAUAUAUGACUAGACUGUAUUCAGUUAUACUGGACUCGCCGCAAGAAAAUGAAGGACUUAUUAGAAAUGUGCGAGAAAUCGUGUCACGCCUCGGAUUUCCAAACGAUGCGGAUAAAGGUCUGAAUUUGACAGAAUAGGAUUCCAUUUCCAGCCCUCGGCCUGCAUCGAACUGGGGCAAGUUGCCGCCAAACGGCUCUCACGCACACGAACCUAACGAGCGACGUCCAUUGAUCCUAGUGGAUCAACUGCAAUCAGAGCAAGAUUUUUCUCCGAGUUUUGAACUCGGACGGUUAAAACUGCAUACACAAUCAAUUUGUAUGGCCUCUCUGAACGACAUGUGCGCGUACAAAAAAUAGGCAAUAAUCGUCUCUAUUUAUUUUUUUUUCCAUCGCCUCAAAGGCGUUUAAUAAGAACAGAGUUGCUGAACGAAAUAACUGCGAGUAUACAGCGCUAAAGGAAAGUAAUAUCCAAAGGAUAAAAUAAACGAGACCUUUAGAUCCA